AGAGGCGCUGUCUCUUUAAGGCGCAGGAGGGGGCGUGUGAGGACGUAGAGCGACGCGUUUCGUCGGUUCACGGCGAGCGCCCGCUGCCGUUUCAGGUUAUGUGACAUUGGGACGUUGAGCAGGACACCUCCACGCUGAGGCGGCUGCAAGCUCAGAGUUAAGAGGACGCACGGACGCCAGGUGAAGGAAGAAAGAGGGGACGGAAGGAUGCGUAAAACCUGUGCGUAAAACAAUUUGGAUGAGGAGCGUGCGCCGGUUCAAAAGGUGUGCAAGUAAAUUAUGUACACAAUCACGAGGGGUCCUAGUAAACUGGCCACUCAGCGACGGACAGGCCCCACUCAGCAGCUGGACAGCAAAACAAGCGAGUUCAAGCACAAACAGACGUCCUGGAACAUGCCUGACCUCCCUGCACCCAAGAUAGUCUUCAAGAGUCUGAAUGGGAAGAAGUACCACCCUGCACCGGCUCUCCCACCAGACAGUCGACAGGAGAGUUUCUCCCCCCUCCAUGAGGAGAACGUGAGGUUCAUAUCAUCUGCCUGGCAGGAGGUGAUGGAGCAGCAGGAGGGGAUGGAGGUGUCCCAGAGAGCCGUUUGCUACAAAGAAACAACUCCAGCGACGCACAUGGACAGCUUUGUGCCCUUGGAUCUGGAUGAAUGGUGGGCCCAGCGCUUCUUGGCAAACAUCGACAAGCUCUCCUGACGCUGAAGGCGGCUCGUCGCUCUCCGGCCAGUCGAAGGUGAGCCCUGCUGUGAGGCGGCUCGCGUGGUGGAAGCCCGGGCUGCUAGUGCCUGAACACGGUUUCUAUGGACUGCCAGCGCUGGGAUGCUGCUGCUGAAGAAGCAGAGAAUCACUUCACCUGAACUUUGCCUUUUACUGCACGUUGCUCAAGUCAGAGACAAACGAGAGGAUGACUUGGAGCUGAGGUUCUCUUGUUCUGAUGCUCACAGAUGUUACGCUGACAUUCAGUAAAAGAGUUUAAAUAA